GGACAAGUGAUAAUAUAACUGCGUGGAAGUUGUUUAAGAGGAUAUUCUGAUCAUGCUAAUGUGAAUAACAGCAGGUAUUACUAAGAAUCUCACCUAGUUGGAGCUACAAUGUCAUCCCACGUCAAACUGAGGAGGGACAGAGUGGUGACAGCGGACUAUGACACACAGAUUAAAGAGGUGCGUUUGCAGCUGGCGGAGCAGUUGAGGAUAUUUGACGGUCAGGUGGAGCAGAAGACUCAGGUGUUUCAAGAUCUGGUUGAUUAUUUGCGCAGACGAGGCGAGAUCGAGGGAGAGUACGCCCGCUCGCUGGAUAAGCUGUGUGACAGGUUCUCCUCUAGAACCAGGAAGAAGGAGCCCAGCCAUCAGUCAGUGGUUAACUGCUGGCAGGUGUUGUUGACACAAACACGUCAGGAGAGCAGAGAUCACAGUUACUUGAGUGACAGCUACAUCAACAUUCUGCCUCAGCAGCUUUCACACUGCGUUGAACAUGCCCAACGCCUGGCCAAACGGAGCAGGGACAUUUAUACCCAGUUACAGGAUGGACUCUUGAAGGUCACCACAGAACUUCAUACGACCUUGAAGACAUAUUACCAGUACUAUUCUGAGUUCCUGUCCGCAGAAGGCAAACUAAAGGAAGCAGUCAGACUGGAGGAAAAGCAAAAACAAACUGCUUCUAAAAAGAUGGAACGACUAAUAGAGAAAAGGCAAAGUAAAGUUCAAGAAAUUCAGCUUAAGAGCACAAAAGCACGCAAUGACUACCUGCUCAACUUGGCUGCAGCAAAUGCAUGCAUGAACAAAUACUACCUUCAGGAUCUUUCCACUCUCAUAGAUUGCUGUGAUCUGGGUUACCACCAGUCCAUAUCCAAGGUGUUCCGUUUUUACCUGACCAGUCGCCAAUGGGGCCAGCAGAACUUGAGCUCUGGGCUGCAGCAGCUGGACACAACUGUCUCAGAGCUGAACCAGAACCAGGACAGAGACACUCUCAUGCAGGCCAACAUCUCAGCCUUUUGCCUGCCCCUGCGCUUUCAGUACCAACCCUAUGAAGGCGACCAGGUGGUUGAGGUGUCUGCAAAGUGUGAGAUGAUGAGCGAGCUGGUGACUCGCUUCCAGCAGCUGCAGUCUAGGCUGUCUUCAGUCACCAUGGAGGUUGAGGAGUCCGGCAAAUUACUUCAGUCUGCCCAAAAUUCCAUGCUGGAUGGUAUUGUUGAGGACACCUUUGGAUCCACCCCAGACUUUUCCAGCAGCCCGUCAUCAGCAGAGGGGAACAGUGAUAUAUCAGCCAGUAAGAACUAUCAGCUGAAGCGCAGAGCCAGCCUUCCGGACACUGAGAGUUUGUAUUUCACGAAAGUCAGAGACCAUCUAUGCAACAGCUCUUUAAUAUCAAAACUGGAAGCCAAACAUGACCUGCUAAAGGUUGCCAUUCAAAAAGCUGAAAGUGCUGAUGUUGCCCAUUCCAGAAUAUGCUCCAAAAGAUCUGUGCGUCAUAAAAAGAGUAACCCCGGUGCCCAGAUCAACCAGAAGCUCUUCAGUGGGGAUCUAAUAUCAUACAUCCAAGCAUCAGGACAGAUCAUUCCUGCAGUGGUGGAAAACUGCAUUCGGUUCAUCAACCUCAAUGGCUUACAUCAUGAGGGAUUGUUCAGAGUGCCGGGAUCUCAGAUGGUGGUGAAUCAAUUGAAGGAUGCGUUUGAGAAAGGCGAUGACCCCCUUGCUGAUGAGGGAUGUGACAUGGACUCUGUGGCUGGAGUGCUGAAACUUUAUUUUAGAGGACUAGAGAAACCCCUCUUUCCUGAGGACAGUUAUGACCAACUGAUGGAAUGCGGGCAAAUAGAUGACGAAACAAAAAAAGUAACACAGCUGAAGUGCGUCAUCUCCUCAUAUCCUGCCACGCUCAUCAUUGUCAUGAGAUAUAUUUUUGCAUUUCUUCACCAUGUCUCCCAGUACAGUGACGAGAACAUGAUGCAGCCCUAUAACCUGGCAGUGUGCUUUGGGCCCAGUCUAGUGAGGGGGCCAGAUAAUGGUGAUGCGUCAGAGCUUCAGCGCAUCAAUGCCCUGGUCAAGAGUAUCAUUACCCAACAUGAGAGCAUCUUCCCUAGCCAGAAUGAAUUACCCGGGCCAGUGUAUGAAAAGUGCAUGGCAUUGGAAGAAGAAGACUGUGAGACUGUAACAGAGGAAGGAGAUGGAGAAUCAGAGCAAUCUCAAACAAAAGAAGGAAAAGACGAGCUGCAAGGAGUGGCCUUGUUUAACUACACAGGCCGUUCUUCAGCCGAGCUGUCCUUCAAAUACGGGGACCGCUUCGUCCUCUACAGCAAAGCCUCCUCUGAUUGGUGGAGAGGAGAGGUGAAUGGGACAAAGGGGCUCAUUCCAAAUAAAUAUAUUAGUGUGCAAAGUGCGGAUGGAGGCCAAGAUCAGAAAGGGAAGGAAACUCUGAAAUCCAGCUGUGGUAGACAGCAGACAGAGGAAGAGCUGAAAGCAGAGCAAAGUACACGGCUCAAGGUCACAAGUGACAAAGCUGGGGUCGGACCCAGCCAUGUCACUUCUGGAAAGGUUUUGUUACAAAUACCCACAGGACAAUAUAUACAGACAGGGAAUUCUCCAGGGGCUCUGCGGAAAACAUUUGACCCUCAAACGAGACGAUCCACUACCGAGGGGGGAAGCAGAGAGGAACUCUCAAUAGAAGUGGAUAAGGAAGUGCAUCACAUGAUGCACUCAGUGUUUAAGGAGCUUCUUGUCCGCCAAUCUUCGCCGGAUAAAAACACAUCUAAGUCAACAGAGACAACAUCCCCUGUGCAAACGUCUUCGAACAGAGGACUGGGGUGGAAAGGAAAGGGUUUAUUUAGAUCAGCUGACCAUGUUGGCUGAAAAAAAAAAAGAAAUGAGGAGAAGGGGAAACUUGUAAAGGAAGUAUAGAAACACAAGAUAAUUUAGGUGAAACAUACGUGUGAGUGAGAGCUCAAUCUCUGUGUAUGGUAUUUUUGUACUGUUUUAAAAGGUUGGUUUAAGAGGCAUCAAUCCAUCGUGUGAAAUCUGUUUUAGUUGUGAAUGCAUGUGACUGAUAUACUAUGUACAAUAUGUUGCCAUUUUCUUUCCACAGUCUCAUUUGCACACUUGUAACAAGCAACUGUUCUUCAGUGUACUUUACUCUGUGGAAUAAGAAUAUAUCAGGCCUACA